AUUAGAUUGAUUUGUGUAUAUCUAAGACUGCAGAAUUCCCGUUUGCUAAGCACUCCAUCUCAAGCUCUUUCUAUGGCACCACCAUCCCCGAAAGAAUAUAUAGAAACAGCUCUUUUUGCCAGCAGCCCUUACGCUCUAUCCUACUCGGACUCUAAACAGAAAUCGCUUAUACUAAGACACCUCCUUUCAUUUCUUCAAGAAAACCCUACUUUCAGGCCCUCAACUGGUAGAUUCAUGCACAAUGAUGGAACCGAAGUGAACCUUCUAUAUGCUAGUGGCUGCCUCCAUGUCUCCAACUCCACACCUCCCAUUCCCCUCAUCAUUUGGCUCCAUGAAAACUAUCCUCGGAAGGCACCUUUAGUCUUUGUUUCACUUGAUCCCAUGACCCCAAUUCAUCGCCAUCAUCCUUUUGUUGACAAUACUUCUGGUGCCACAUCCCCACCUUAUAUCCUAACCUGGAAAUAUCCUCCAUGCAACCUUACUGAUCUCUUGCGCAAUCUUGCCCAUCUUUUUAGCCAUGAUCAUCCUUUCUCGUAUACACCGACGACUAGUUUCACUCACCCUUCUCUUGUUUCUCCGAAGGAAGCUCUUGAUAGACUUGUAGGUAUGCUUUACUAUGACAUGGUUGCUUUGCAGGCCAGUACCUUUGGAGAAAUAGAGGAGCUAUCCUUAUUGCAAGAAGAACUGAAGAGGCGUGAUCAUUUUACCACAAGCUUGAUUUCUGAGAUGGAGCAGGAAAGGAAGAAGCUGAAAGAGAGAGCAAACAAUUGGUUAGAAGAAACAGAUAGGAUGGAAAACUGGCUAAGAGUAAAUGAUCGAAGACCAAUAUUGGCCUUGGAUGCAGGAGAUGUUGAAAUUGAGGAUGCUUUCGAAAUUGAUGACAAGUCAAGAGUGAGACUUGAUAGCUCGGCUGCAGAUAUGGCUAUAGAGGAUGUACUACAUAAAUUGGACAUGGCACUUGAACAAGACGCUGUGAGUAUUGAUUCAUAUAUUAAGCAAGUGAGGAGCUUGGCCAGAGAGCAGUUCUUUCUUCUAUAUUCAGAAAUGAAAUUAAUUAAUGGCCUGGACAUACCCCAUUACCCAAAUCAAUCGACUUGAAUACUUGAAAAUUUUUUUCUAGGCAUGUUCAGUCCUUAAUUGUUCAAUUUUUUGUUAUCUUUUCCCUAAGGAUAAGACACAAAUUAUACAUGCAUAUAUAUGCUAUUGCUUUCAUAGUAUUGUUAACGAAAAGUUGUUUGUUGAUUUCCAGAAAUGAUCUGUUCCUAUUUGUGUUGAUAUUCCAAUCAAAAUUUGGGUAAGAUCAUAUUUAGAUAUAGCAAACUCCUUUGUGAAAGGAGGAAUCAGCUUACAACAAAGUGUGAAAGAUUGCAUCUAAAAUCAAUUUAGGGGACAUCCUUGGAAAGGGGAAUAAUUAAAGAUGCAUUACUACGUUCCAAACACUGACAUCACACAGCUCAAGUAAUAAACAAAAGAUUGUGAGAAAGGGUCUAAGACAUCACUUUUCACCGCUCUACAGAAUAGGGAUAAUCGAUUUUGCUAAUAUUUUUAUUCAGUUUUAUAAUUUAAU